AUGGGGAACACGACAUCGGAAGUCGCUUCUGGCGUGAAAGCUCAAAUCAAUACAGGCGGACAAGGACCUGAAUUAUAUCGUUUCGUUGAUAUGACAGGUGGUGGUGAAUUCGUUGAAGUUAUGCGCGUGGCUAAUCGAACGAAAGAUUAUGCACAGAUCGACACGCUUAUCAAACAACAGAUACCGAAGUUUUUAUACAAUGGAGGCGAAGGCAAAUUGAUCACAGUCAGUGAAAUUGUUCGACGGCGUAAUAAUACUUAUAGUAAAGUGAAAAGUAUUGUUCCGACAGUCGAAACUGACGAGGAGCAACUCAAUGGAGAAGAAACCAAACGUGUUUGUUGGGAUUUGGAUCAACGCGGCGGUGUCGGAGAACAAAUUCUUCAUAUUUGUUUCUUAUCAUCAAGUCCUGUUCACACAGCUUUAGCUAAACGCUUACUGAGACAUUAUCCGAAAAUGAUCUAUGAUCUGUACAUGGGUGAUGAAUAUUACGGUGAAAAUGUUCUUCAUAUUGCCCUCGUCAAUGAAGAGCCAGCAACGGUAAAGUUUUUACUUGACGCAGGUGUAGAUUUCACACAACGUUGUUGUGGGAAAUUUUUCUCACCUGAAGAUCAGAAAUCUAGUCGAGUGGAUAAUGUGACGAAAGAAUGCCCAGAUGUAAGUGUUGCAACAGACUAUGAAGGUUAUUGUUAUUUUGGUGAAUAUCCACUUUCAUUUGCUGCUGUUCUUCAACAAGAAGAAUCGGUACGAUUGUUAAUUGCUAAAGGAGCUGACACAAAUUGUCAAGAUUCCAAUGGAAAUACCGCUUUACACAUGUGUGUUAUUUACAACCGAAUCCCAAUGGUCGAUUUACUCUAUGAAUUGGGCGCAUCGUUAGAUAUCAAAAACCGGCAAGGUUUAACUCCACUGACGCUCGCUGCUACCAAAGCUCAUAAAGACAUGUUCGAUCAUAUUCUGCAAAAAACUCGAACAAUCUAUUGGCAAUAUGGAAAUGUGACAUGUGCUGGUUACCCAUUAGAUGAUAUCGAUACUAUUGGAAAAGAUGGCUCACUGAAUGAUACCAGUGCACUUAGUAUUAUUGUCCGUGGAGAAUCAGCUGGUCAUUUGGAUAUGAUGGAUGGUUUGAUCGUUCAAUUAUUAAAUGAGAAAUGGCGAACAUUUAUUAAAUUUAAAUUUUUUCAACGAAUGGGCAUUUUUGCGUUUUAUUUUGCUAUCUGUUUACUUGCACUAAUCGUUCGUGGUUAUUAUCGUGUGCCACCGGCAUGUAUCAAAUUAGUCGUCGUAGACAAAGAUUCGAUGAAAUCAAUCAUCUCGGAUCGCUCUGAAUGUCGAUGUCAUUAUACAAAUUUUUUAUGGCACGGGAUUUUACUAAAUGACGAAGACGAUGGAAAUAAUCAGACUAUUUUAAAUACAACACUGAGAAUGGCUCCUCCUACACAGCAUUUUGAGCCCAUAGCAUUAGUCCUCAAUUUUCUUGAUGUAUUAACAGUUUUGGGGGCAUUGAUGUAUCUAAUCGUAACAAUCCGUGAAUUUUCUUAUCAACAUUUCAAAUUAGAUUAUUUUGUCUAUGUUAAUGAUCCGACAAGAGUCUUAUUCUUGUUUUCUUGUCUUCUCACAUUAGCUAUGGUUCCAGCAAGGUUUACCUGUGCAAUUGAAACUGACGACAUGAUAUGUGUCUACGCGAUAUUAACUCGAGCACCGUAUUUUUUCUUCUUUUGCCGUGGAUUUCGUACGACUGGCCCGUUUGUUGUUAUGAUCUACACAAUGAUUCGGGGUGACUUGUUGCGAUUUUGUUUGAUCUUUUUCGUCUUCAUGGCAGGAUUUUCACAAGCAUUACAUGUUCUCUUUGUUCGAAUUGCGUGUAAAAAUGAUUUUCAGACUGUUAUCAAGACAUUCUUCCGCAUGUUUUGUGUUACGCUUCAACAAAUUGCUGAUGCAUAUAGAAACUUUUAUCUCCAUCCAAAUACUGGCAUCCAAGUCAUUGGAAAAAUUUGUUUUGUUACUUAUAUCAUCACUGCGGCAGUCCUUUUGGUCAAUAUGCUUAUCGCUAUGAUGGGUAACACGUAUGCAAUGGUAAAUGAACGGAAAAAAGAAUGGCUUCGACAAUGGGCUAAGAUUAUGUUGAUUGUCGAACAAUCGGUCUCACGAGAAGAACGGUUAGCUCAACAAUCGAAUUAUUCGAAGAAAAUGCCGGAUGGAUCAAGAGUAUUGGUAACACGAUUGAUUCAAACCUAUGAUGAACGUCUCAGUAUUGAGAAUAUGGGUGGUGAUUAUUAUAAUCAACUUCGACGACAUUUAGAACCGGAAAAUAUCUCUAUGCAAUCCAAAACGAAAUCGAUCGCUGCGAAUUCUCAACAUAGUGCAUCUGCACGAGAAAAUGGACCGGCAAAGACUAAGCAAAGCUUGCUUCGCGAUCAACACGCACGAGAUAGUAUCGGCUCAUUUGACGUCUCUGCACUCAUGUAG